AAAGAAGAAAGUCAUGGUGGUGCGCAUCCGGCUCGCGCGGUUCGGCUGCCGGAAUCGGCCCUUCUACCGUGUGACGGCCGCCGACAGCCGCUCCCCACGCGACGGCAAGCACCUCGAGGUCCUCGGCUACUACAACCCGCUCCCCGGGAAGGAUGGUGGCAAGAGGAUGGGGCUCAAGUUCGACCGGGUCAAGUACUGGCUGUCUGUUGGGGCACAGCCAUCAGAUCCCGUGCAGCGUAUCCUCUUCCGUGCUGGUGUUCUGCCUCCACCUCCAUUGCUAGCUAUGGGCCGGAAGGGUGGGCCUCGUGACAGGAACCCUAUUCAUCCGAUGACUGGCCGCCCCUUGGAUCUUGAGGGUGUCACAGUUGUUGAUGAUCCCAAUGCUGCUGAAGGUGACGCUGAAGAACCUUCAUUUGAGGCGUGA